AUGUCAAAAAAAAUAAAAAUGGAGCUGUAUAACGAUACACAAUUAGUAGCGUUGCUGCAGUCAUAUGGGCAUUUUAUCAUGACGACACCCCGCAUCAUCAAUGUGGUAGGAUUGGCAGGAUCAGCAAAGCUGGAAGAAGAGGAUAUCAUUGCAUUUCUGGAAAGAUAUCGCUACGAUAGACAGCAUAGAAUGAACGCAAGCAGCGAGACAUGUCUAGACACCGAGCUUUUGCAGAAAUUAGUUCAGAUGAACGGUUUGCCGACCAAUGCAGCAGCAUUUGAAGACAGUACGGAGACUGCAUCAAGGAUAGUCGAGGGAGUGAAAAGUAUUCAGUUGGAACAAGAAGACAUCGUUGAGCUGCCAGCACAGUCGGUGCAGACUGUGCUGGACGAUGAGCAAGACGAUGAGCAAGACGAAAAAGGCCAGGAAUCAACCCGCACGGUCAAAGAUGCACACAUCAGAAAAACGUUGAGACGAAUCCAUCAGUUCUCGUCCGGCGUGUGCUCCCGGAUGAAGAACGGCAUUCGAUUGCAGACAAGGAAAAAGAGAGACGACUAUCGCCAAGAAGACAUCUACAAUGAGAAAAGCGACUACAACUACGAUUCAUCUAGCCUGCCACUGGGGCUCCCACAAGGAUGGCUACAGGAUAGGGAAUCACAUGAGCAAUCGCAUGGCCAAGUUCAAUGGCAGUGGGACUACUCGCAACUGCAGUCUGCCUUGAUGACCUAUUCAACAGCACUAAGCGACAACAAUACCGUUGUUCGCAACAGCCGGUAUCCGUACCCAACGGUUGAAUCAAGAGACUCACAACGAGAACCCUCCACAAUCAACGUUCUAAAGCUGAUACAGCCCCAGUAG